CAGAAACCAGCUGUGAACACACUUCCUGUUUAAUCCGUUUGUCCUGCAGACCGACACAGACGUGUGGUUUCAAUCAGAGUUAAAUGUGUCAUUUGUUAAUUUGUUUACCUACAAAUAAUAAUAAUAAUAAUAAUAAACUCUAUAAACCUCUCCGUCUUUAACCUUUUAGACACACUGAUUGAACUGCUCCCUCAGGUUAUAUAUUUUAUACAAACGAGUCAAUAAACUGAGUUACUCACCUUCUCACAGGUGAAAACUGUUGCAUUCUGGGAAACAGACUUUGAGUGUGAUUUGGUUCCUUCUGUCCGUCUCCGUUAUCUGAGAGUCACACUGCUCCACUUCUGCUCGUCUUCUCUUCUCCGAGUGUGUAUGAAUGAAGACAUGCAGCGACAGUUCUCUUCCUGCCCCUCAGCCAAUCAGUGAGCAGAGCUUCACAGUGAGUCAUAGGACAAUUAUAGAUCAUCAGCAGAGUGAAUAUUGGUCAGACGAGUUCUUUUAUCAGUGAAUGGAAGCAGUUUGUAGAAUGGUAAAGAAUCAAUAUGGAGUUCAAUGAAGUUCAGAGUCAGUCCACAGUGUGUCCUCCCAUCCAGACGCAUCACACAGCUCUAGUUUUUGAUUUAAAGUCCGGAGACACAAAACGACUACAAACAACACAAACAAACAAAAACCGAUGCAAAACAGUUACAAAGUUUCACAAAGUUCAUACAAAAGCACACAAAGAGAAACAAAACAAUCAGAAACAGACUCCAGCAGAGAAAGGAGGACAGACUGAGGGACACAGCGGACAGAAAGAGACACACAUCACCUUCAUCCUUUCCUCAGGACACACGUACGGCAGACUGCAGAUUCUUUUACGGUUAAAAUGUUGUUGUUGUUGUUGUUGUUGUUGUGUUUAUUGGCUCUCUUCCUGCAUCGUGACCAGGCUCUCCCUUCUAGAAGCACCUCCAUUAUUCUUGUUGUAUCUACCGUCCUCUCAAACACUCUAUUUCUGUUUUUAAUCUCUAAUCUACGUCCACUCUGUCCUACAUCGUCUCUAUUAGUUACGUUAGUUAAAUCAUUACCAUCACUCCUCCGCUCCAACACACCCCCUUCCCUUCCUUUAUCUCUCUGUUUGUUGGCCUUAUUAGAAAGGAAGGCUUUAGAACGAUUGACCUUUUUUUGCUGUUUUGCUGCUGAGAGCAAAAACCACACAGCCAGUAAACUCACCUCCUCAGAAGGAAGGAGGAGGGUUCAACUGCUGCGACGGAAACAUCUCUGUCACAUCACUAUGUGCCACCAUGAGUCCAACAUCAUGCUGCUGCUCUUGCUGAACUCGCUGCUGUGCUGCCAAACACACCAAGCCUCUCUGACUGUGAGUCCCAGCAGCUCUCAGAUGUUUAAAGGACAGUUUGUCUCUCUGAGCUGUGAGGAGGACGACAGCUCUGCUGGAUGGACACUGAGGAGGAACACAACCACAGACACCAGGACUCAGUGUGGAGUAACAUGGGGAGAACCAGCUGGUUCUUCUUGUAACAUCAACUUCAUCGUCCCAAUAGAGAGUGGCGUUUACUGGUGUGAGUCCAGAGAGGGAGCAACCAGUAACACCAUCAACAUCAGUGUCACUGGUGGACCAGUGAUCCUGCAGAGUCCUGUCCUCCCUGUGAUGGAGGGAGAUGAUGUCUCUCUGCACUGUAAAACAAAGACCCCUCCCUCCAACCUCACAGCUGCUUUCUAUAAAGAUGGCUCCCUCAUCAGGACUGAGCCUACAGGUCACAUGACCAUCCACCAUGUUUCCAGGUCUGAUGAAGGCCUCUACAAGUGUCACAUUGGCAGUCAUGGAGAGUCUCCACCCAGCUGGAUCACUGUCACAGGGAAACCCACCACUACAUCUCCUCCUACACCCCCCUCUACUUUUGCUACCCCCUCUCUUCCUGCCUCUCUUCCUGCCUCUAUUCCUCCCUCUCUUCCUACUCUCUUCCUCCUAUUAUUCUCUGGUGUGGUUCUACUGGUUGUAGUGGUUCUACUGGUUCUACUGGUGAGACAAUGCACCCAGAGGAAACAUAAAGCAGCUGCAGCAGGGGGAGACGAUGACAUCACAGAUGACAUCACAUACAGUGAUGUCAAAAUAUUGUGUCACCCACAACAGCCAAUCAGACGCAGACGAGAGAGUGAUCCAGCUGCAGUUUACUCCGCAGUGAGAGGAGCAGAAGACGUCAGUUAUGGACAAAUAGUCAUCAAAGACAUCAAAUCAAACCGGAUGAGAGAGACUGAUCCAGCUGCAGUUUACUCCGCAGUGAGAGGAGCAGAAGACGUCAGUUAUGGACAAAUAGUCGUUAAAGACAAGAGACCAAACAGGACGAGAGCAGAGCCAGAGGUCGUCUACUCUUCACUGAGGUCCAACCACUGAUGUCCAGCUGUCCUCUAACUGGUCCCCAGAGACCCUCAGUACUUACAUUAGUUUUAUUUAUUUAAUAUGUUAAAGCUAAAUGAACUAUAUGCGUCUACAAAGAGACAAAUAAAUCACAUUUAGAGCAUAUUGUUGGAAAUCUGUUGUGCAAAGUGAGUAAAAUUACAAAACUAAAAUAAAGAUUAGUCAUUUCUUUGUAGUUUUUCCCUCUUAAAUACUUCCAGUAGGAUGCACAAGAACAAGAUAUUACUCAUUAUGUUAAACUGUCAUUCUUCUAUUUCUGAACAGAAUCUAAUAAUAACUAUCAGCUGUUUUAUAUUUAAUGUAAGCAUAUUGCUGUUGUUAAUAUUUCUGUUUUUGGAUCAAUAAACUUUAUUCUUGUU